ACAAUAACAGAGUCCUUCAUUAUUCACUAUCACUCACUUCUGGCGGGUCUUUUGGGGUUUAGAACUGUGUUGUCUUUCUCCAUUUUUUUUUCUAUCAAUUUUUCAAACUCUUUAUUGCGAAACCAAGAACUUAGGGUUAGGGUUCCGAUGGGAAGCAAGGUCAGCGACCACCACCUGUCCACCGUGAGAUCCAUCGUGGGUUCAGAAUUCACCGACAUGGAUAUCAUCAGAGCACUCCACAUGGCCAAAAACGACGUCAAUGCGGCCAUCAACAUCAUCUUGGACACUCACACCGCCCCAAGAUUGAACCUUACGCGCCCCAACAAUCACCGUUCAGUCUCUCCUCCAAAACCCUCCCCUUCCCCUCCUAUAGUCACCAAGCCUAGCUCCAGUGAACAACGCAUUGAUAACAACAGUGAUGAUUGGUGGUUGGUGAGUUGCGGGGAAGUGACGGGUUUGUCUACGUGUAAAGGGAGAACUAUAAAUACAGAUGAAGCUGUGAUCUUCAAGUUUCCGACGAAGAAGUUAUCCUCCCCCAGUACAGGAAAGGGCUUUGGACGGACUGCGGCAUGUUCGGAGAUUGUUCGGUUCUCUACUGAACAAGCUGGGGAGAUUGGGAGAAUACCAAAUGAAUGGGCUCGGUGUCUUUUGCCUCUGGUGCGAGAUCAGAAGGUUAGGAUUGAGGGGAAGUGUAAAUUUGGUCCUCAAGUUUUGGGCAUCAUGGACUCCAUUAUUUUGUCAGUAAGUGUAUUUAUCAAUAGUUCAAUGUUUGGUAAGCAUCACCAGGUUUCUCUCAAGGAUGCUACCAACUCAACUGAUGAAUCUGUGUUUCAUCCGCUGCCAACACUGUUUCGGUUGCUGGGUUUAAACCCUUUUAAAAAGGCAGAGUUAACUCCAGGCGAUUUCUAUUCCAAUAAGCGUCCUCUCAGUGAAAGGGUAACUUUACCACGUGUCAAGUUUGAGGAUCCUUCUCAAAAUGGCAAUGAGAAUGACAAUGAGGAUUCAAUUUCUGAAACUGAGGUUGAGAAUAUUGUUGGUGUUGGAUCCAGUGCAGAGUUAGAGGAAAUGGACCCCCCUGUUAAUCUUCUGUGCGAUCUACGACCUUAUCAAAAGCAGGCACUUUAUUGGAUGAUCCAGAUGGAGAAGGGACAAUGCAUGGAUGAGACUGCAACAACCCUCCAUCCAUGUUGGGAGGCAUAUCGCCUUGUUGACAAGAGGGAGCUUAUCGUUUACUUGAAUGCAUUUUCUGGUGAAGCUACAAUAGAAUUUCCCAGCACCCUUCAAAUGGCCAGAGGAGGAAUUUUGGCAGAUGCUAUGGGGCUUGGAAAGACCAUCAUGACCAUAUCCCUUCUAGUUGCCCAUUCAGGAAAGGGUGAAGCAGUAGGCAAUCAACCCAUGGCCAAGUCCUUUACUGAAGGUGGUGAAGUUAGUGAUAAUGUGCACACUUUUUCAAACAUACCCAAGAAGGCAACCAAAUUUUCUGGUUUUGAUAAGCCAACAAAGCAAAUGAACUCUCUAACAAGUGGUGGCAACUUGAUAAUAUGUCCGAUGACUCUUCUUGGGCAAUGGAAGGCAGAGAUUGAAACUCACGUGCACCCGGGAUCUCUGUCUCUAUAUGUUCACUAUGGACAAAGUAGGCCAAAAGAUGCAAAAAGUCUCACUCAGAGUGAUGUUGUAAUUACUACAUAUGGAAUUUUGGCCUCUGAAUUUUCCAGUGAGAAUGCAGAUGAUAAUGGUGGACUCUUCUCAGUUCGGUGGUUUAGAGUUGUUCUUGAUGAAGCACAUACCAUAAAAUCUUCUAAAAGCCAAGUUUCUGUUGCAGCUGCUGCUCUAAUUGCUGACAGACGUUGGUGUCUAACAGGCACCCCAAUUCAGAACAGCCUCCAGGAUAUUUACAGUCUUCUGCGGUUUCUGAGAAUAGAACCUUGGGGUCAUUGGGCCUGGUGGAACAAACUUAUUCAGAAACCAUUUGAGGGUGGUGAUGAAAGAGGGCUCAAGUUAGUUCAAUCAAUUUUGAAGCCAAUUAUGUUGAGGAGAACCAAACAUAGUACAGAUCGAGAGGGCAAGCCCAUUUUAGUUCUGCCUCCAGCUGAUAUGCAGGUAGUUUACUGUGAACAGACAGAAUCUGAACAGGACUUUUAUGGAGCUCUAUUCAAAAGAUCUAAGGUAAAGUUUGAUCAGUUUGUUGAGCAAGGACGUGUUCUUCAUAAUUACGCUUCAAUAUUGGAGUUACUUUUACGUCUUCGGCAAUGUUGUGAUCAUCCAUUUCUUGUAAUGAGUCGAGGUGAUACUCAAGAUUUUGCGGAUCUAAACAAACUAGCUAAGCGCUUCCUUAGAGGAACAUAUAAUGCUUCGGAUGGUGAAGUAAAAGAGGCACCUUCACGGGCUUAUGUUCAAGAAGUUGUGGAGGAGCUACGUAAAGGGGAGCAAGGAGAGUGUCCAAUAUGCCUUGAAGCAUUUGAAGAUGCAGUGUUGACCCCUUGCGCUCACCGCUUAUGCCGGGAAUGCCUCUUGGCAAGUUUGCGAAAUGCUACUUCUGGCCUAUGUCCUGUUUGUAGGAAAGCAGUCAACAGGCAGGAUCUAAUCACUGCCCCUACUGAAAAUCGGUUUCAGGUGGAUAUUGAGAAGAACUGGGUAGAGUCAUGCAAGGUAACUGCUCUUUUGAGUGAACUUCAAAAUCUUCGCUUGUCAGGCUCCAAAAGCAUUGUUUUCAGCCAGUGGACUGCUUUUCUUGACCUCUUGCAGAUCCCUUUCACUCGGAAUAACAUUUCAUUUGUUCGUCUUGAUGGGACUCUGAGUCAGCAGCAGCGGGAGAAAGUUAUCAAGCAAUUUUCAGAGGACAGCACGACUCUGGUUUUGUUAAUGUCACUAAAAGCUGGUGGAAUGGGUAUAAAUGUAACUGCUGCUUCUAAUGCUUUUGUCAUGGACCCAUGGUGGAAUCCAGCUGUUGAGGAACAAGCCGUUAUGCGUAUUCAUCGCAUUGGACAAACAAAGAAGGUGACCAUUACACGGUUUAUUGUGAAGGGGACCGUUGAGGAGAGAAUGGAAGCAGUAAAAGCACGUAAACAACGAGUGAUUUCUGGUGCCUUGACUGAUCAAGAGUUUCGAAGUGCGCGCAUUGAGGAGUUAAAGAUGCUUUUUACUUAGACUACUGAGCAGUGGAAACAUCUUUGCUUGCUGUUAGGUGCAUCAGCACUUUCACAAUUUUUGAUCCCUCUGGUCUUCUUUUGUUCUCAAGUGCUGGUGACUACAAGGUGCAUGUGACUUGUAACAUGAAGAUGCAUCUUUAGCUUGCAACUUCCAUACCAAGAUCAAGAUUAGUGGAUAUCUUGAUCAAAACCUUUGGUGCAAUGUUCUGUUUGGGAGAGGGGAACGAGUGGAAAGGGAGGAAAUAGAGGGGCUUAUUUCCCUUUGAUAUUUUAAUUUGAAAAAUAAGGGAAACCCCCCUUCAUGUUUGGACUUGGGUAGAUUAUAAAAUUAAAUUUGUAAUAUAUUUCUUGCUUUGUCAAUCUAAUUUCAUGUCAAGUGUUAUGUACAUAAUUCAACAAUUUUGUAAUUAGAAAUGAAUUAAUCCCAAUUUGGAAGGAAA